AUGUAUCCGCUCACUCGCUUCUUGAGUCUGGCAUUAGCAGUCGCAUCCGGAACUAGAGCUUUGGAUGCUUCCAUAUUCACAUUCGACCCAUCUUCACCAUGGCAAAACACAAAGACUCCGGUGAUAACUGAUGAUGUAGCUCGGCAUCUCUUGGAGCUCAGAAUGAACGUACCUACCGCUUCGGUUCUGGGAAAGUGGGAUCAAGACAUACUCGAGGUUUUGGACAGAUAUGGUGGCGUGCCACGUCCGUUGUUUGGCAGUGAUAUCGACUAUAAGGAUGCUACUAGGAGCCUUGUGAUUCUUGAAGGGAUAGAGGUUGGACUUGGAUCUUCUGUUCAGCAAGAGUAUCAAGGGGACCUCGUGAUUAGUAGCGCUUCAGCCAAUGGCCUAAUUGACGGUUUCCUCGACUCAUCAUCAGGGGCUAACUCCGACAGCUAUGUUAUGACCACAAGGAACUAUUGUAAAUUCGGUGGCGGAGUCGAAAUCAGCUCCGAUGUUCAAACGAUUGAAAAUUGCAUUCCUAAGGGCUCUGCAUUCGAAGCGGUAGCCCAUGUAUUUGGCAAAGAGCUUCUCGGCAUUGUGAAGCUGGCGGAAACGUGGGUGGACGAGCAGAGUUUGACAGCAGUCUUGAAGAUAUCAUUACAAUUUCCUGAUGAUUAUGUGGGCUCUGGCUCUGUAGCCGAAUCCCUGACGUCUACUCUCCAUGGUCUACGUGCUCUUUCGUCAGAAGCCAAACAAAUCACAGCAGUUCUUCUGCCCACAUCUAGCCAAGGUAAAGGGCCGAAAAGUAAAGUGAACCCACGAGGGGCCGUGAGACAGGAAUCUGCUGUCAGAUCGACUGGUGCAGCAGUUAUGACGACGCUCCAGAGGCCGACACACCCAGUUUGUUUCACCUCGAAUUCUUCGUGUAAUGUGGCAACUGAUAGCUGCUCUGGACAUGGGGUUUGCCAUAAAAAGUCCGGGUCAGCCAACGACGAGGCAGCUAGCGACUGCUACGCAUGCAAAUGCAAGUCAACCAUCGUCACCAAAGAAGAUGGUACUGUCCAAAAAAUUCAGUGGGGAGGCUCUGCGUGCCAAAAACGAGAUAUCAGCUCCCCUUUCUUCUUAAUUGCGGGUAUCAGUAUACUGGUGGUCAUGGCGGCAGGUACUGCUAUUGGGAUGUUGUUUCAUAUUGGACAGAAUGAGUUACCAGGUGUUAUAAGUGCUGGAGUUGGCCCCGCAAAAGCGCAGAAAUGA